AUGAUGGGACCGAUCCCAGUUAUGGGGUGGAAGCGGGAACGUACCCUGGCUUUUGAGGACCGUCGGGAAGGUCGGGAGAGAAAGCUGCUGUCCUGCUUGUUGCCAUUGCUGUCCAUCCUCUUCCCACCUGGCCCACAUGGCCCUCGUCCUCUAGCACAGCUGGGGCAGCGAGGGGCAAUGCUGGUGGCCAGGGACACAGGCCAGUGUGACUGUCAACAAGGACAGGGCCCUGCAGGUGCUGUUACAGGAACUCUGCCAGCCCCCGGCCAAAGGGGGGGACUGGCCAGGGCAAGUCUGAGCAGGAGAUCCAGGGAAAGCCUUGCAAGAGUUCAUGACCUGGGUGCCUCCAAACAAGGCACUGGUGCCUGGCUCUUCCUGUCGCUGAAAUGUCCCUGCAGGCAGAGGAAGCUGAAGAGCGAGGUGGAGAAGCACAGACUUUUUGAAGACUCUCUGAUUGAGGUCCUUGAGAAGAUCCCCAAGGGCCACAGUGAAGGGGAGGGGCCGGAGGAGGCUCUCGUGGAGACCGUGGUGGGGCACUAUGGGAAGCUCUUCACCAUCAACCAGGACAUCCAGAAGCCUCUGGAGGCCUUCUCCAAGAGGAACCAGGUCGUCCACCAGAGCCUGGGGUCUCUAGAGGAGAGUCAUAGGGGUUCGUACCCCGGUAACAGCUAUCUGAAGCCUGGCCCUUUGCCUUUAGCCCAUAAAACCGGGGGCAUAGGGGUCUCCUCUGCACCUGCGAGGAAGUCUUGGAGCAUUGGUGGGCUGCUGAGAGGGUCUGGCGCUGAGACAAGGGGAGCUCCUCCUGACCAGGCCCAGGGCAGAUGCCCCAGGAGGGUUUGCGGCACCCAGGUGACCCAGCCCCUCCCACCGCAGAGCUUCAAGAUUCCGCUGUGUCAGCUGCGAAAGAGGUGUCGCGGCAAGCAGGAACAGUGGUGACAGUUGGAACACCACAUUGCCUACCAGAGAGACGUGGACAGCUGUGAUGUGGCUGACCUCCAGCCAAGGGGCUUAGAGGGGGAGUGGACUGGCCACUGUUCACAGAGCCCCUUCUGGGUCUUUCUCUUCAAGGUGGGAAGCAAGGCUGUCACCGCUGACCACAGCCCCACAGACCUGAAGCCCAGGACUCCGGAGCUGCCCAGAGUGAGGAGCUCUGGGUUCCUCCAGCCCCCUUCCCAGCCCCUGCUCCAGGAAGAGCUGCUCAACUACAUGCACGUGGCCAUCAACAACAUGGUCCAGCAGUGUUCGCCCUCCGCCCACAGCGUGCCCAAGAGCAGGGACCUCUUCUCCAAGCUCGACCUGAUUCAGGAAUUUAUGUUGGACAAAAUGGAGACAGUGAGAUUUAUAUCACUGCGUGUGGAACCCAGAGUGUGCUGGUCAGCGGACAGUGACAAGAGUGAGGGCCUCAGAAGAUGCCCCAGGUCCUUCAGGAAAUGCCCAAGGGAUCGAGAUUCGAUCCCCCAAACGCCCUUUCCCAGCACCCAGACUUCAGCCCGCUCCGGCCCGUACGGACCAGGCUGGCGACCAAGCCAGCCCUGCCAGCCUCAGGACCAUCUCCUUAGCCCCUCGGCCUCCUUUUGUCACCACAGUGCCCCCAAGUGGGUGGGAGGCAGCCUGUUCCCCGCACUGGGGGAUUGGCAGGCAACAAGGCUGCGGACCGGACCGGGGAAGAAAGAGAGGGAGUUCGCCGGGUGGGAGGCAGCGGGAGGUCAGGUGGGACUUGCCAGGCUGGACUUGCACCUGGGGGCCAGGGCCGCACUGUCAAGGUCUUAGGUGGGUUUGUCUAAGAAGAGCUCUGGAUAGGUGCCUAGCUUUUAGGAAUAUGCGCGUCACAGAAACUCCCUUAAAGAGCCCCUCAGGGCCUAGGAGGCGUGAGAGCUCGCCUUGCCCACGGCAGACGGGGAAGCACGGCAGGCUGGGGGUCCUGAAUUUGUUCAUCGGGGGCGUCUCAUCAGAAGCAGACGCAGGGUCACUGCCCUCUGCGUUUCCGGAGGGUCCCAGAGCUGCCCGGAGUGGAUGCUGCUCUCGGGGAGAGCUUGGCAAGGCAGAACCCCUCCCUCUCCAGCCUGCCUGGAAAGUUGGGCGAGAGGGCAUCUAAGGGAGUCCCCCUCCCCCUCCCCAGCCGGAUG